AUGACACAACGUGCUAUUCUUUCAACAAGGAAUGAGUAUGUUGAUGGACUUAAUGAAAAAUUAAUUGCAUUAUUUCCUGGUGAAGCUAAAACAUUCUUUAGCUUUGAUGAAGCAGUAGAUGACACAAAUAAUUAUUACCAAGAAGAGUUCUUGAACACCUUAAUGCCGAAUGGACUCCCGCCUCACAAAUUGAUUCUUAAAAGAAAUUGUCCGAUCAUGCUGUUACGUAAUCUUGAUCCAUCUAAUGGAAUGUGCAAUGGCACACGAAUGAUCUGUAGAGGAUAUGAAUAUAAUGUUAUCCAUGCUGAAAUCACAAUUGGUCAACAUUCUGGUCAAAAUGUCAUGAUUCCUAGAAUACCAUUAUCUCCAGCUGAAAAUGAGGGUUAUCCAUUCCAAUUUCGUAGAAAACAAUUUCCAAUCAAACUAUGUUUUGCAAUGACAAUAAACAAAGCGCAGGGACAAACAAUACCUUAUGUUGGAGUUUAUUUGCCACACCAUGUAUUCUCACAUGGUCAAUUAUAUGUUGCAUUAUCAAGGGGAUAUCAAUGA